CCCGUCGUCCUCCCGAAGCGCGCCGACGCCGAGGGCUUCGUCUCGUCCCUGCGCUCGCCGGACGACGCCGAUGCCGUUUGCAAGAAAUACGGCAUCCCGAGGGACCACUACACCGCGCGCCCCGCCGGCGACCUGCGCGCGUGCUCGCCCCCGCCGCCGGGGUGCGUCUGCGUGUACGCGCACGCGCUGGAGGCCGGGAUGCGCGUCCCGCUGCACCCCUUCUUCUGCGAGGCGCUCGCCCACUUCGGCGUCGCGCCGACGCAGCUCGCGCCCAACGCGUGGCGCAUCAUGGCGGGCUUCCUCGUGCUCUGCCGCUCCGCCGGCGUGCCGCCGUCGCUCGCGGUGUUCCGGCGUUUCUUCCUGCUGUCCGUCCUCAACCUCAAGCAGAAAAAAAGAUGGUACUACUUCAAACCCAGUUUCAGGGACGGCCCCGGCUUGCGCUUCACGGGGUUGCCACAUUCCAUCUACGGCUGGAAGCGCGGCUUCUUCUUCCUCUCGUCGCCGACCCCGUGGCCUUGUCCUGUGGAGUGGGGCGAGCCGUCCAAGAGCUCCUUCAUGGAGCCGGUGCUUACAGACGAGGAGAAGAAAUCCGUGGCGAAGCUGCUAGGUGCUAACGGCGGCGCCGCCGUUGAUAUCAGGACAUGUUUGUGCGACAGCAACCUUGCCGCUGCCGUGGCAACGGCCGCCCCUCCGCCGCCGCCCUCUACUCGUUCCAAUUCCAAAGGGAUGGAUUCCGCCGUCUACGACAUGAUGAAGACCAUGCUGGCGGAGAAGAUGGCCAGGCAAGCGUCGGCAUCGGCAAAGAAGGUGAAAGCAGAGCCAGGGUCGUCGCCGUUGUGCGGGAAGAAAGGGAACCUGGACGAUGCCAACGACGAGGACGCUCCACCUGCCGCCCGUGGCCACUCGGUGCCUACCAGCGUGUGUUCGCUACUGCCGGGGGCCUCUCGGCAGCCACAAGACUUCGCCGACGGAGACGGCACAGACUGGGAGGCUGCACGGGAGCUGCUGCAGGGCGCCGUCGCGCCACCGCAGCAGCGCGUGUUUGCGGCGACCGAGCCAUCAGACGUCGUCGCGUCGAGCUAUGUUGCGAUUCUCCAGGCGGCGAACUACGUGUCGUUCUCCUUGGACUACGCUCUGGAGCUGGAAGAGAAGCUGUUGGCGCGUGAGGCGGAGAUCGCCGCGCUGCAGAAGCAGCUGGAGGAGGCCAAGGGCGAGCUCGCCACGGCGAAGGUGCGGCGGAGGUAGUCCAGGAAGCACUUACCACCAGAGCAGUGGUGCCGCUCAAUGGCAGGAGUGCCCACGUCGCACCUUCAGCAAGUCCGGCAAGUCGUUUCAGCGUCCCACACACAUCUUUCGCGUGCUUCCCUACAUCGUAAUCGAGUGAUCCGUUUUCGUUGGGGAAACGUUUACACCCGCCGCACCGGCCGAGUCUUCCGCUGGUCAAGGGAGACGCGAUUCAAGGGUAGCCUGCAACAUUUCAAGUUUUAGCAUAAGACUCCUUGACUGUGUUGACCUCUGCAGUCUACCCUCUCCAAGAGUAGCUGCAACAUUUCAAGUUUUAGCAUAAGGCUCCUCGGGAAUCCAGGUGUGUGGACAGAAGUGUCGAGUCACAAAUCAGCUCCGUGGAACCCGUGAACACUCCUCUUUCUCAUUUUCUCAUCUAGACCUAGAGUAACACCAACGUGAAACCCGUGUUUUGUUCGCUUUUCGUUUGUUAGUGUCGACCGUCCGUCCCCUUUUGCGUUUAGAUCCAAACUUAUUUUUGUCCUCGCGGCGGGUCUGCCGUGUAACAAAAUACAAACAUAUUACAUAGUUUCACAACCAAACAAAUAUAUCAUAACUUACAAGCCAAAUAAAAAUAUUAUAGUUUACAAGACAAAUAAAAAUUCAAUUGUCUCAGAUACAUUUUUAAAACGAUACGUCAAUUGGCUGCCAAUGUGAGCUCGCAUAUGCCCAACCAAAUCAUUUAGCAGCUGAAUGCGAGUUUCCCAAUCACGCAUUUGAUGAUGAAAUUGGAUGAACUGUGCAAGCGUUGCCGCUUCUCCAUGCUCAGGCACAACAUUGUCAGCCUAAAACCAAAACCCUUGGUCGUAGAUACGUUUUGGGCGCUCAUCCUCUACGAUCAUAUUGUGCAUGGUCACACAAUCAGUCAUUGCCUCCCACAACUUCUUGAUGCUUCAAGUUCUAGUAGGAUACCGAACGAUGCCCCAUCGUGAUUGCAGAACACCGAAGCACGCUCCAUAUCCUUCCUAGCACUCUCUUGCGACUGGGCAAAUCUCUUCCUCUACUCUCCUAUAGGGUUGGAGAUUGUCUUCACUAGAGUAUUCCACUGAGGAUAGAUACUGUCAGCUAGAUAGUAUCCUUUGUUGUAGUUUUGGCCAUUGAUAUUAACACCGACCUCCGGUUUUUGUCUGAUGAGGCAGUCACUCUAGAGCCCUUUAUUUGGGAUUUCCUGUUUAUGAACGUCUGUGUCACUCAAAUUGCUCUUGACAUGAGAGUAUCACCGUUUCAAUUGGGUCAGUUGAUGUCGUGUUUGGAUUUAAUUAGUUGACUUAUAAUGCGGUCAAAAAUUGCUUCUUGGCUCCUAGAAAG